AGGGAAGCCCAACGACUGAACGUUAGCCAGCUGAUUCCUUUCCAUGCUUGGGUCGCUGCCCCGGCUGCUAGCAAGAACAGGGACACCGGCAAUGGUCAUGGCGGACCGAACGUAUGCGGGAGCGAUCAUGGCGCUCAACUCACUGCAGAGCAACGCCGAGGCGGUGGAGCGGACGCGUCGAAACUCAGGCAAGUUCGACCACCUGGCGCUGCCCGAGAUGGUCGAGUACCUCGAGAGGAUUGGAUGGAAGCAGACGGAUCUCAACAGGCUCAACGUCGUGCACAUCACUGGAACAAAGGGCAAGGGUUCCACAGCUGCAUUUGUCGACGCCCUGCUGCGAUCUUCGCCCUCGAGCUCGACGAACGGAAUAGGAGCGCCGCCGCCGCUCAUUGGCCUCUACACAUCUCCGCACAUGGUCAAGGUUCGCGAGAGGAUCCGGCUAGGUGGCAAGCCUGUCUCGGAAAGGGUCUUUUCAGAAUCAUUCUGGGACGUCUGGGACAGGCUAGGUGCCAACACGACGAUCGCGAAUCCAGAGCACACCCCGCUGCGGCCCGCCUACUUCAAGUUUCUCACCCUGCUCGCCUUUCACAUCUUUCUCACACACAAUGUGCGCUGCGCCAUUCUCGAAGUGGGUAUCGGAGGCAGGUACGACUCAACCAACAUUGUCCCCAAGCCCACCGUCACAGGCAUCACAACCCUGGGACUGGAUCACACGGCAAUCCUGGGCAACACUCUCGAAGAGAUUGCUGCACAAAAAGCAGGUAUCUUUAAGAAGGGCGUACCGGCGGCAAGCGUAUGGCAGGAUUCGCAAUCCGCACGGUCUGUCAUCGAGAGGGAAGCGCAGAAAGUGGGAGCAUCCUCCUUCCGCUUCCUUUCCCAUUCCGACGCAGACACGCUGAAAGGUGUCCAGCUCGGGAUAGACGGCGACCACCAAACGUCCAACGCGCAGUUGGCUGUCUUCCUCUCCCGAGUUUUUCUCGAAUCUGAGCCGGGCACUGAAGUCUUCUCGCCCUCAUCACCUCUCUUGUCGAGGGAUGAAGUCAGGGCAAACAAUCUUACAGAAUCAGAGAGGAUAGGGUUGGCCAGUGCUCGCUGGCCAGGACGCUGUCAGAUCGUCAGGACAAAGGGCGGCGCCGGUCCGGUGUGGUACCUGGAUGGAGCGCAUACAAAGGAGUCGCUCGAGGGCUGCGCAAAGUGGUUUGGCUCCCGGUCAUCAAGCACCAGCCGUACCCUCAUCUUCAAUACCACGCACGGCCGCAACAGCGAGGAGCUUCUCAGAGGCAUGGUCGGUGGUCUUUUCUCAUCAUCGUCGUCGUCUUCGGGCGGCGAGGCGCAGGGCGAUUACUUUGACAACAUCAUCUUUUGCACAAACACGACCGGUCGCACCGGCUCCUCCUCGGACCUCACCUCAGUCCUCGACGGUACGCAGCCGAAUCUCGAUGCUCAGAAUGCACUGGCAAGCGCGUGGAAAGCCCUCUACCCCUCGUCUGCGACCAGCGUGUACGUUAUGCCGACAAUUGAGGAUGCAGUCCAUCUCGUCAUGGAAAAGGGACAAGGGUCUGAAGCGCUCGUCACGGGCAGCCUUCAUCUCGUCGGCGGUGUCAUGAGCCACCUCGUUGCAAUGGGCGAGCUGGACGACAAUCUCUGCUCCAAGGACGAAGGCUCCUAGCCACUCAUGAAUGAAAAUAGAAUAGAAGUAGCCAAAGCU